AUGGCAUCAUCUAUCGUAUUGGCUAAGGCAAACGAGUUCACUCACAUUUUGAGAAUCCAAAACACAAACGUCGAAGGUAAACGCAAGGUCAUGUUCGCUCUCAGAGUUAUCAAGGGAGUCGGAAGAAGAUUCUCCAACCUCAUCUGCAAAAUCGCUCAAAUCGACCUCAACAAGAGAGCAGGAGAAUUAACCGAACAAGAGAUUGAAAAGGUCAAUGAUAUCCUCGCCAAGCCAACUGACUAUAACAUUCCCAAAUGGUUCUUGAACAGACAAAGAGAUAUCAGAGACGGUAACUGGACUCAAUUGAUCUCCAACGCCUUGGACACCAAGCUCAGAGAGGAUUUGGAAAGAAUGAAAAAGAUCAGAUGUAACAGAGGUCUCAGACACUUCUGGGGACACAAGGUCAGAGGUCAAAAGACUAAGUCAACUGGAAGAACCGGAAGAACCCUCGGAGUCACCAAGAAGAAGUGA